AUGGAAAAAGGAAUGCAAAAACUUUCUAUACAACAAAAUUCUUUCCAAAUUCCCCAAAGACAGGGUAUAGGAACUCUUGGUUCAAAACUUGAGAUUCGUGCUAAUUAUGUUAAAGUUAGAGAGGUCCCAAAUUUAAAACUACUUCAGUAUAACUUUGAUGUCAUUAUGUCUCGUACUGGUAGGCAAGCGAGUAGAUCAGUUCGAGGAAAAGUUUUCGUUGAAAUG